AUGCCUGCUAGGACCGGGAACCCUAAAACGAAUAAUGCCCGCCACGCGCGCACGACAUCCUGGUCGACUGGCUUCAAUCUAACGCAAACCGCCGGCGAAUCCUCCGAGAACACAAAAGGCCGCCGCCGCCGCGAGUCCAAUAUCUCCCUCGACGGCGUCGAAGAACGCUCCAGUCCCACCCCCGACUCACUCGACUCGCCCGCCGAUGAUAUGAUGUUAAAGAAUACCUCGUUGGAGUUUGGCGGUGGUCACAAAGUCCAGCAUGUGCGCGGCCGCUCGAUCAGCCAGGCCCAGCCACAGGUACUGGACCUGCAGGACGAUGAGUUCACGGCUGCGUUGCCGCCAGUCUCAGCGCGGGCCGGGCCUGUAACAUGGAUGUCGCUACCACGAAAGGGGCAAUUGGUGCUGUUGGGUCUCUGUCGCGUGUUUGAUUUCUUGCAGAUCGCUUCGUUGCAGGCAUACAUGUUCUACCAGCUCAAAUCCUUUGACCCGAACCUGUCCGACUCUGAUGUCGCGACCCAAGCGGGUAUUCUUCAGGGCGCUUUUACCGCUGCGCAGUUUGCAACGGCGAUCCCUUGGGGUCGUGUUGCUGAUGCUGAGUGGGGUGGUCGUAGGUUCGUUUUGCUUGUUGGUUUGGUUGGCACUGCGGUGUCUUGUCUGGGUGUUGCGUAUUCGACGUCGUUCGCGCAGGCCGUGUUCUGGCGCUCGUUUGGUGGCGGUAUCAAUGGCACUGUUGGUAUCAUUCGGACGAUGAUUGCGGAAAAUGUCAAGGAAAAGAAAUAUCAUUCGCGCGCUUUCUUGAUAUUACCCAUUGGGUUCAAUAUAGCUUCUCUGUUUGGUCCUGUCAUGGGUGGCAUGCUUGCUGAUCCCGUUAGGAGCUACCCGAGUCUUUUUGGACCCGGUUCUUCCUUCGGAGGCGCGGAUGGAGUGCAAUGGCUCGAGACGUACCCGUACGCACUCCCAAUGCUUGCCAACUUCUGCUUCCUAUCUGCAACCGCAGCUUUGGUUGCGUAUGGGUUGGAGGAGACUCUGGCAUCUUGCAAGGGCAAACCCGGCCUGGGUGCAUUUGCUAUGCACAUCUUCAAACGCGGUCUAAAGAGAGUGAUCCCCUCUCAAUCUCACUUGUAUACGCAACUUCCAUUCCGCGACACAGAGGAGGACAGUUUACUGGGCCAGUCUAUGGAUCGCUCAGAAAGCUACGAGCUCGAAGAAAAAGCACACAAGCCUAUGCGCCUCCGGCGUGUCCUGCCUUUCCGGAGAAUCUGGACCAAGAACGUCAUGUGCACGCUCGUUGCGCAGGCUUUCUUCGACUUCCAAAUGGGCGCCUUCAAUAAUCUGUGGCUACUCUUCCUGUCUACGCCCCGUUACGAUGCCAAUGAUCCGGCCAGCCCUGCCCAGAGCUUGCCCUUCGCCUUCACCGGUGGACUUGGCAUGCUGCCACAGAGCGUCGGCUUUGCGACAGCCAUCCUGGGUGUAAUUGGCAUGUUCCUCCAGUUCACCAUCUACCCGACUAUCAAUGGCCGUCUUGGGACAGCCCGGAGUUACCAGUAUUUCCUUUCCCUUUUCCCGAUUGCAUACUUUAUUGCGCCCUAUAUUUCACUGGCUCCGUCGACGGUCCCUCCUCCUGGCCAAGCUAACGGCCCCUGGGUAUGGAUUUGGAUCAUCAUCGUCCUCUUCUUCCAGGUCACUGCCCGAACCUUCACUCUCCCCACAUCUAUCAUCUUGCUGAACAACUGCUCGCCGCAUCCAUCGGUGCUUGGCACGAUCCACGGCAUUGGCCAGUCAGUGUCAUCUGCCUUCCGUACCAUUGGACCUAUAUUCUCAGGCGCGUGGUACGGAUACGGCCUGGAAGUUGGCAUGGUCGGCUUCGCCUGGUGGAUGAUUGCCUUGGUGUCUGUGUUUGGCUGUGUUGCGGCCAUCUUUGUUUAUGAAGGUUCGGGGCAUGAGAUUAUUCUCCCUGGUGAGGAAGAAGAGAUCUGA